AUGCAGCGUGCAGCGGUUCUGCUGCUCGCCGCACUGCUCGGCCUGAGCGCCGUGUCAGUGCAGGCCGCAACCGUGUGCCAGACAUACGUGGUGGCGGCCGGAGACACCGUCGGCACCAUUGCGGGGCAGUUUAGCCUGACUGUCCCUGAGCUGGAAGCAGCGCUGGCCGACUGCGACCUGUUGGUCACCGGCUACACACCCGGAGACUUCCUGCAGGCCAACCAGAAGAUCUGCCUUCCCGGCUGGGUCGGAGCCUGCCUGAACGUGCAGGCUGCAGGCGGCAACGAGGCGUGCAAGUACUACACCGUGCAGCAGGGUGACACGAUGGACACCAUCGGCAGCUACUUUGGCAUCCCACGUGCCGACAUUGUGGCCGUCAACCCGGAGAUCAACCCAGCAACCCUCGCUGUCAACUCUUACGUCAAGCUCCCCGACUGGGAUGCCACCUGCCCCCAGCCCGGCAAAGGCCAGAGCUGCCGCUUCUACGUCGCCGAGAGCGGCGACUCGCUGUCCUCCAUUGCCACCGCCUUCUCCAUCCUGCUGUCCGACCUCCAGGCCGUGAACACCGGCCUGGGCGCCGAUGCCACCGCCGUGCUGCAGCCGGGACAGAAAGUCCCUCUGCCUCCCUUCCCCGAGAGCUGCGCCGAAGGUGUCCAGGUGACCAAGCCUAGCAACUGCCGCGCGUACCAGGUCAUCGAGGGAGACACCAUUGCCAGCAUCGCUGCCAUGUUCCAGUCGAGCUCUGCCGACCUCGUGGCUGUCAACCCUGAGCUGGCGGCCGGCGGGGUGCUGUCCCCCGGCACCAUUGUGAAGCUGCCCCCUGCCGAUGAGUCUUGCGUGAACCCCGAGCUCCCCGUGGUACCUGAGACGCCCGAGGCCGCCCCAGAGGCUGCCCCUGCUCCUGAGGAGCAGGUCAUUCCUGAGCCAGCGGCCGCCCCCAGCCCCGAGCCCGCUGCGGAGCCACCGGCUGCCCCGUCGCCUGCCCCCACGCCGGCGCCCGCCCCCGAGCCCACCCCCGCCCCCAGCUCUGCAGUUGCCAGCACUGCCAACGUGCUGCUGGCUCUGCUGGCCAUGGUCGGCGCAGCGGUUGCCGUGUUCUGA